AUGUGGGCGACGAAGCUGUUGAAUUUGGAUAUAAAGACUGCUCAAGAGAAAAGAGCAAUGGAUCUCCACGAACUCGAUGAGAUACGGCUAGAGGCCUAUGAUAAUUCGAGAAUCUACAAGGAAAGAACAAAAGCUUUUCAUGACAAGAAGAUACGACACAAGGAUUUGAAAGCUGGAGACGAAGUCCUUUUGUUCAACUCAAAGCUUCGGAUAUUCCCUGGGAAGCUCAAGUCAAGAUGGUCAGAAUCCUUCGAAAUUAAAGAGGUUUUGCCCUAUGGAGCGGUCACUCUGCUAGGUAAAGAUAAGAAUGAAUUUACGGUGAAUGGGCAGAGAGUGAAGAAGUACAUGGCAAAUGAGAGCACAGAGGUGGAAUCAUCUCUGUGUCUCGACGACCCCGCGCCAGUCUGA